AUUCUGCCUCAUCUGCUUGAGUUCCUCUAGCACAGCAGACAAGCUUCCUCUUUGGCUCUCUUCCUUACUCUUGCUUUUAUUAUCCGGCACUUCAGGGCAGAAGUUCUGUAGGCACAAUGGCAUACCAGAAGAAAACAACCUACACUGUGAAGUCUUCCUCCUCUGUUGCUGCACCACGCAGCUUCAGCAGUCUCUCCUACUCAGGCCCCAGCAUGGGCCGUCAGAGUUACACAGCACGCAGCUCCUAUGGAGGAGUCAGGAGCGGCUUGGGAAGUGGGAACUACAUCAGCAGCUCCACAGCCUAUGGCGGUGGAAUGGGUCUCGGCAUGGGUGUGGGUAUGGGUAUGGGGGGUUACGGUGGGGGAGUACCCGUCACAGCAGUGACAGUGAACAAGAGUCUCCUGGCCCCUCUGAACCUAGAGAUCGACCCUAACAUCCAGCAUGUCCGCACACAGGAGAAAGAGCAGAUCAAGUCCCUUAACAACCGCUUUGCUUCCUUCAUAGAUAAGGUACGCUUCUUGGAACAGCAGAACAAGAUGCUAGAGACCAAAUGGAGCCUCCUCCAGGAGCAGACCACCACCCGUUCCAACAUUGACGCCAUGUUCGAGGCCUACAUUGCCAACCUGCGCAGACAGCUUGACAGUCUGGGCAAUGACAAGAUAAAGCUGGAAGCUGACCUGCACAACAUGCAAGGCCUGGUUGAGGACUUCAAAAACAAGUAUGAAGAUGAGAUCAACAAGCGUACAGAGGCUGAGAACGACUUUGUCCUCAUCAAAAAGGAUGUGGACGAGGCCUAUAUGAAUAAGGUCGAGCUUGAAGCUAAGCUGGAGAGCCUUUCAGAUGAAAUCAACUUCCUCAGGCAGAUCUAUGAAGAGGAGAUCCGUGAGCUUCAGUCUCAGAUCAAGGACACCUCAGUUGUGGUGGAGAUGGACAACAGCAGGAAACUGGACAUGGAUGCCAUCGUGGGUGAGGUUCGUGCUCAGUAUGAGGACAUCGCCAACCGCAGCCGUGCUGAGGCAGAAACAUGGUACAAGUCUAAGUAUGAGGAAAUGCAGACAUCUGCCAGCAGGUAUGGAGAUGACCUCCGAUCAACCAAGACAGAGAUUUCUGAUCUUAACCGCAUGAUCCAAAGACUGCAGUCUGAGAUCGAUGCUGUGAAGGGACAGCGAGGUAACCUGGAGAAUCAGAUAGCUGAGGCUGAGGAGCGUGGAGAGAUGGCAGUGAGGGAUGCAAAGGCUCGUAUCAAGGAUCUGGAAGAUGCACUGCAGAGAGCCAAGCAAGACAUGGCACGCCAGAUCAGAGAAUAUCAAGACCUGAUGAAUGUCAAACUGGCCCUGGACAUUGAGAUUGCCACAUACAGGAAACUCCUGGAAGGAGAGGAGGACAGACUUGCCACUGGAAUCAAGUCCAUUAACAUCACAAAACAAAGCACAGGCUACAGCUCCUUCCCCAUGGAGAGUGCUAGCAGUGGCUACAGCAGCUACUCCAGUGGUUACUCUGGCGGUUACUCUGGCGGUUACUCCACUGGUUACGGUGGUGGCUUUGGCGACAGCAGCUCAACCCAGAGCAAGAAGAACAUCGUGAUCAAGAUGAUUGAAACCAAGGAUGGCAGGGUCGUGUCUGAAUCUUCUGAGAUUGUCCAGGAUUGAGUGAAGAGUGCACAUUCUACUUUUCCCCUUUAACCUUAUCUCCUUCUACCCAUUCCUUAUCAUUCCUCUAAAAGCUUAACAUAGCUAUUUGAAGUAACUAGCUGCAGAAGGAUGCAAUAAAAAAAUGCUGUAAAUCAAUAAAUUCCUAACUCUGACAAAAGGGUUAAGAGACCAAACAACAUCAACUCACAUUGUGCCUUAGGCUUCUUUCUGCAUAGUGCACUAAAAAUACUCUAAGUAUGCUCACUCAAGAUAUACUGUCUUGCACAGCAUGUUCUCCAGUCUGAGAGGGAGAAUUCGAGAUCUACCACUAACAUGAGCCAUUCCUGUUACUGUACUCAGUGCAAAGUGACAGUAAUCAGGUUUGAUUAUGAAGGGUUCAUAUUUGUGAUGAAGGCAAUCAUGUUUGUGGCAGAUCCAUGUUUUGUGCCUGCUCUUUAGAAAUGUCUUCCCCUGUGUAUUCUGUCAGAUGCAAAAAAAAGUCCACAGAGUCCACCUGAAGGUGCUGUUUUGCUACAAAGAAUAAAGUGUUUACCUAAAAA